UUAUCAUAUAUUUGUAUGUAUCAUUCUUUUUUUGCAGGCACCGACCUAAUCUUCUCUGUAUAUGAUAUAAUAGCACAAUCCUUCGGCGGAGGUUCUGAAUGAUGCGGUGCAGUGAUUGGAGAUCCGCACAGAGGGGUAGAGAGGAUUUUGACUGGGCUGGAAGAAAGCAAACUGGCAGAUUGCCCUUGAAAUCAUUACCCAGGGUAGUUCCUCAAGGGUUGGGAAAAACAAAAGGUUGGUUUAAGUAGCUUCAGCAGCAGUGUUGCUUCUACCGGGUUGGCAAAAGGCCCAUGAGCCUGCAUUUGGAAGUUUUGAACUGAGAUUCUGUGGAGCAAAUGUGUGGAUUGCAGCACGGAGGAGGCCAUACUUUCCUGAUUCAGUACACACACGACAAGAUUGUUCACGGAGCUCGUCAGACAAUUGCAGAUUUCGAGUGAUCAGCAAAUGCUGAGGAAUGCUACCGUGUUUGUCUUGAUAGUAAAGAGGGGCCUUAAAUGACCAGUAGCAGCCCACAUCCUCUGAAGCUCGUGGCCGUAUACGUGCCUCAAGAGUCAAAACACACCCGGCGGUACUGGUAGUUUAAGGUACUUCGAACCAGAACAGAUCGUCAUGGUUGGCGUCACGAUCAUUACAUCAAGGGUCGGAAGCACACCUGAUAUCUCGUCAGUGCAUCUGAGAUGCAAGAAGCGAGAGGACCGCAGUGCAAAUUACGCUGCUGCUCCCGCGUCUUCAAUCCAUGGCGGCAUUCCCUUUCGUCUUCCAUGCGCAGACGGCCAUGCUGUCCACUGUGAGAUAACCCCUGCAAGUUCAUCCUCGACCGCAAGGCAGUUGUCGAAGGUAUAUGCUGCGGACACGGGAUACCGUGCUUCCAGUCUUGGGAACCUUCUUUUCGGCAGACAUGACGACCUUGAAAGUGUCCCUUCCCCGAGGAACCCCCAGUUACUUGGCCGACGACGACGAGGGCACGUCAAGUUGUGCUCAUCGUGUAUCUGCCACCUUGUUGAUGACAAUGGCUGCUGGUUUUCGCAAGCUAGCUCGAACCACCUGUACUCUGCAUCAGGGGUGUCUUUGGUUCGAGCAGGCAACGUUGCCACCACGUCGAUCGGUCCCGAGGAGACCGCUGCAGUAAAGAUUGAAAGAGAGAAGUUGAAGUUGAAAUUGAAAUCUCUUGUUGGUGACGAUGAAGCAAAGGCGUUGAGGCCGUUGAGUGAGGAGGCGCUGGCGUUGAUCUCCGAUCUGGAGCCUCUGUCCCUGGCACCGUUUGCUUCGAGUGAGAUAUUCAAUGGGAGGUUCCAGUUACUGGGUUGCAAUAUAGCGUUCGGUGGUGGUGGUCCACUCUCUCUCUCGCAACUGACCUUUAAUGUGUACCCAAUUUCCGAACUACCCGUCCAGAUUACAGGUUGUUUUAAUUUGGUGGACUUCGAAAAUUCCAAGUACGCCGUGCUGACAAGAUUACUGAUUUCAGCGGGGAACGAUGAUGCCCAACCAGCGGUCUCUGGUGUGAGUAUUGUAUCUGGAUCAAUUGAGUUGAUUGACCAAUGUUCGCAUGCUAUGCAAUUUACCACCAUUUCAGUGGAGCCAGGGAAUUCAGCAACUAAAGAGGAGUUGCAUAUCUGGAAGAGUCUUCUUGCACCUUACUGCCCUGAUAUGGAUAACGAAGGGGCAGUAGUGCGCCAACUGGCAGGGCCACAGAGGCAAUCAGUCUCAUAUGAGGUACUCUUCCAUGAUGAGGAGUUACGUGUUGUAAGGGGAAACAUGGAACACAUCUAUGUGCUGAGGAGGAUGGCCACAGAUGAUCCGAGCUGGCCGUCGCGGUUAAUAGCCUGAAAUGGCAUGGUGUCCACAACUUUCCACUAACUUAGAGCCAGCAUUGCGUACACCAUUGUCGAGCUAAGUCAGAGCCUCUCAGAAGGGUCUUCCCAAACCAGGACAGGUCAGGCUGGUCAUCCACAAAGGGCUUCGUAACCAGUGUUGCCUGGGCCAGGUGAUCAGUGGGGGCUGAGAAUGAACUUAUUUAGGUGAAUGUUAUGACUUCUGAGUCCUGACCCCUAACUACUUUCUCCUUACGUCUUCCUCUUCUUUCUCCCCAAGGGGAAUCUCCUAACAUUAGGGGCAUCUCCUAACAUUAAACAACUCUGUACACACAGAAAAAAAAAAACAAAAAAAAACACAAUGUUAUAGGGUUUGAACUUUGAACUUUGAACUUUGAACUCUUGAGCCUUGACGAAGUCCUGCGGAUCAGCAGUUAUUGUGUGCCACUAAGCCACAUGGCAGGUUGCCAAACAACAUUUGGCUCAGCGGUCCUGUGAAGUUUGGUUUCCACUACUGUCCACAAAGAAACUGUAUUAAACCAGCUGCAGUACUCGGCCCAGCUAUCAGCUGUGGAAAGAAAUAGAGUAGUAACGUUUCUAGUCGGGUGAAUGGUGGGCGCUUCUGUAGACGCCUGUACGUUUCCUAAAGUCGCAGCUUGUUGAGGGGCACGCCGCGACUUUAGGAAGUAGUCACUGUGGUGGUUUAACUAUAUUUCUCACAUGGUUUGAUCUUGGAAGCUCUACCCACAUAGUUGGAGCAAGGAACUCGCAAUUUCGAACCCUAUUGCUGUGCUUAGGAUCUCUGGAACGUGUUUUUUUUUUGUUUUUGUUUUUAACAUGAGAAAAGUCCAGGGUGUUGUAGAGGUCGGUUUCUGGACCCACGACAGGUACCUAUCUACAGUCAGGACCUAGUUUAUGGGACCCAGACCAUCCAAUCUUGGAGGAUACCCCUCCAACAGCCCCGACUGCAAGUUCCCCAACGAUUUCUGCAACGUAAUUGGAAUUUGGAACUGGGAACUAUGUUGGAAGCCUCUGUCUUAUGUUGCAUACUUGUGAAACACAGUCACCAGUAUGGCGCAGAUUCCCAGAACCGACCAGAUAAUACAGAGUUGAUACAAAUACAGAGGAAGAGUUGAUACCCAUAGACUGGCUCUGACCUGACUCGGACUGCAAUCGAACAGUCUCAAUCAUACAUCGGGGGUGUGAAAGCCCUGGCUGUAGACAUAGAUGAAGGCCAGGGUCCGAUAUCAUCCACGGACGAAUGGAGGGAGGAGAGAGACGAAGGGAGGAGGAGAGGGAAGACGUCAACUCAAUGUUUCCAAAGAUAGUAUCUUGAAAUGUCAGAAGUGACGGAAAUC